CAAAAAUUCAAGACGCGUUGUCAACAUGUUUAAAGACGCCAUGAACCUGGUCACUGCAAAAAGCUCGGAGCCAGUGCAGGCUCGAAGCAGUAUUGUCUCUCGGGCAAGUGCUGGUGGCAGGGAAAGAAAUUCAGUUGCGUUUGGCCCUGUCGCCUCUACUCUCAGCACAAAUGGACGGUUGGCAAUGGGCCAGGAGGCGGCUGAAUCUGCGUGGAAAUUUGUUCAAAACUUUCAGAAGCACGACGCUGCCUUUCAGGAGAAGGAGGAAUAUUCGCCCGUUGUCACCCACAAGCAGCUGCUGCAGACAUUAAGGACCUUUGAUCCCCUCAUUACCAACCAGCAGCUGGAAUGGGUCCUUGGGAAGGAGCACACAUCAGGAAGCUCGUUAGUAUCCCUCGAGGAACUUUGGGCCGAUCUUCAGGAAGGCGACUUUGAGGUCGAUCCGGUAGAGUUAUCCUUCGACAUGUUGAGCGAUCAGAACCAAGAGUUCUUGGACCUUGAGAAGGUCCGAGAGGCCCUCACACAGAGUGGAAUCAGUGGCUUAACGGACGAGAUCAUGUCGAAAGCAAUCAGAAGGAUACGAGAUUUGGCUCGCGAAAAUGUCAGGCUGUAGAGAGUCAGAGUACGUCAUUGCACAACGAUUGAUAGUCCAGAACACAUCUAUGCAGAGGCUCGGAGGCUUGCAAAGGUACCUUUCCACCAUGCCCUUCAGACCUUGCUGGUGGCACCAUGCAGUAAAUAGAAACACCUCAUUUGAUCAGCUAGUGGCUUUUCUCGCAAGGGUAAGUUGGAGGUCCUAGUUUCGCCAGGGACGCAAGAGGGAAGAAGAAAGAGGAAGUUGACUUCCGUGACUACAGGAGACUCUUCUCGAUGGGAGGUCCGGGUGGAGUUGAGACGACCUAUCUUUGACCAGAGCGGGUCGAUUGUGAUCACAAUUUAGCGAUGGCCUCCAACCUAAUAGCAAAAGGAACCUAGUAGGAAUGGCCUCCAACCUAA